GAGGCGUCGGUAUUGUCAAUUAAGGGUUGUUUUAAAAAUAAAGUGUAAUGGACUUUAAAUAUUCCUUUAUUUACACAUUUUAUUUGAAACGUUCAAUACUCAGAAGUUCAAUAAAUUAAUAAAAAUAUGAAUAAUCUACAAAAACAAGAUAUGCAGGAAAUGUGCUCCGAUUUCCUUAAAAUGAAUUUUUCCUGUCAAGAGGAUUUGAUUUCAAACCCAAAGUCUGUUUGUGAAAAAGUUACUGAAAUUUCUAGUAACUUAGAAGAACAUAACAAACCACUGAGAAAGGUUGGACCUCUUGUACCACCAAAGCCAUACAAGUUUACCCAAAUAUUGCCCCAGGUGCCACAAAGCAGUCUUGUAAAGCAGUCAUGUGAACCCUUAUAUUCUCAGAGGUUACGAGUAAUGAAUUGUGACAACAAACAACCAUGCGAAGCGUUUGGUUUGAAACCUACGCAAACUUUACUUCCUCAGCCUAUAUUACAACGGAAGCAUUUAAAUGUAAAUCAGAAUUGCAAAGUUACGUUGGAUAAUCCUCUUGUUCUUGAGCAGCAGUUGGAAGCACUAGCACAUCAUAAAAAACAGUUGGAAAAGAAAGGGUUACUGCUUCAAAAAGAAUUUUAUACACCUAUACCGAAAUUAUCAUUAACUUCUCUAAUUAAUGAUCGUUGUGUGCCAAAGAAGCACUCAAGUUGUGUAUACGCUAAUACAAACCCAACAAAAGAGGUUUCUUUCAGUAAUGCAUUUCAAGAAACCAAUAUAUAUAAAGAUGUAAAUGAAAUGAAUAUUCUUGGUGAUAGUGCAAUUGAUGUACCAAAUAAUACAAUUAGUAACAUAUACACAAGCAAAUUGAUGGGAAAGGAAACACAAGAUCAAGUCCUACCUCUAUCAAAUUCAGUUGAAAUUGACACUGCGGUUAAUAGAUGUAAUGAUAGUAAGGAUAAUAAUCAAGAUGUACCACAACCAUUGAGCCCUGUGAGUUCAUCUUAUAGUGAACUACGUCGAACUAUGAAGACUUUUAAUGAUAAACCAAGUUCAUCGCAAAAAAACUUGAAUACAGAGGUAGAAAACACGUUUUUUCCAUAUGAAUCAGCCAGUGGCAGUAACGAUACUGUUAAUAAAGCAAACCAUUUUAAUAAUUGCCAAACAUACCAAAAUGUUUAUUGCAACAAAAAUUUUACCAAAUCUAAUCUUACUUUGCAGACAAGCAGUCAAGAAUCUUCAGAUUAUUAUGGAUAUGAUAGCCUUUCACAGACUUCUUCAACAUAUGAAUCUAUAUAUGAACCAAUACAUCCACGACCAUCAAGUCAGCUUUCAACACGUUCAAAUUAUAUGUUAUAUGGACCGUAUGUUAAUCAUGAUCAGCUACAGGACGCUCAUACAGCUAUUGGCGGUUUGACCUUAUUAGAAACUAGCAGCAGUCAUAAUAAUUUCAAUUUAAGCAAAGAAAAUACUAUACAAUAUUGUAAUACUAUUAGUAAGCUUGGUGAAGGUUUACUUGAAAAUGAAAAGGAAAGUGAAGUAGAAGACUUAACCGGAUUCCUCGUACAUAACGUGGACUCAUCUAGUAACAUUGAUAGUUAUGGUAAUGGAUUAUGCUUUAAGUGCAACGAACGCGUUUUGGGUGAAAAUUCAGGAUGCACAGCUAUGGAUCAAAUUUAUCACAUAUCCUGCUUUACUUGCACUCAGUGUCAAGCAAAUUUACAGGGAAAACCAUUUUAUGUUUUGGAUUUUAAGCCAUAUUGCGAAUAUGAUUAUUUACAAACAUUAGAAAAGUGUUCAGUUUGUAUGAAACCAAUAUUAGAACGUAUAUUGCGUGCAACUGGGAAGCCAUACCAUCCACAAUGUUUUACAUGUAUAGUGUGUGGUAAUAGCUUAGAUGGUGUUCCGUUUACUGUAGAUGCUACCAAUCAAAACUACUGCAUUGAAGAUUUCCACAGAAAAUUUGCACCACGUUGUUGUG